CCACCGCCUCUCCCUUCUGCGGGUUCCGGGCUCCCGCUGGAAGCGGUCGCCCCGCGGGGCGUCUCCCGAGGACAGAGGAAGGGAGGCGGCGGGCGCUCCCGGAGACGAGGGCGCCCGCUCCCCCCAGCCGCUGCGCUGCGCCGCGGCGCGCAGGGGCUCUGCCGGCUGCUAUUCCGGCUGGCGACGGCCGCCGCAGGAAGGGCCGCUUCCUGCCUCCCCCGCCCCCUUCCCUCGCCUUCUGCUGACGCUGACGUCGGAUGAAGGAGCUGGAGGGACGCUCCGACCGCGGCCGGGAGGCUCCUGGGGGCCGGGGCUCCGAGGUUAUAACUUAUCCUCUCAUGCCUUUUUCCUGCCCUUCCUCCCCAAAUCAUCAACAGUAGAAAAAGAAGAAAACAUGUCAGGACACAAAUGCAGUUAUCCUUGGGACUUACAGGAUCGGUAUGCUCAAGAUAAGUCAGUUGUAAAUAAGAUGCAGCAGAAAUAUUGGGAAACAAAGCAAGCCUUUAUUAAAGCCACAGGGAAGAAGGAAGAUGAGCAUGUCGUCGCCUCUGAUGCAGACCUGGAUGCCAAGCUGGAGCUAUUUCACUCGAUUCAGAGAACCUGUUUGGACUUGUCUAAGGCAAUUGUACUCUAUCAAAAGAGAAUAUGUUUCUUGUCUCAAGAAGAAAACGAACUGGGAAAAUUCCUCCGAUCCCAAGGCUUCCAAGAUAAAACCAGAGCAGGGAAGAUGAUGCAAGCCGCGGGAAAGGCCCUCUGCUUUUCUUCCCAGCAAAGGUUGGCCUUGCGAAAUCCUUUGUGUCGAUUUCAUCAAGAAGUGGAGACUUUUCGGCACCGGGCCAUCUCGGACACUUGGCUGACAGUGAACCGCAUGGAACAGUGCCGGACUGAAUACAGAGGGGCAUUACUAUGGAUGAAGGAUGUGUCACAGGAGCUUGAUCCAGACCUCUAUAAGCAAAUGGAGAAGUUCAGGAAGGUACAAACACAAGUACGCCUUGCCAAAAAAAGCUUUGACAAGUUGAAGAUGGAUGUGUGUCAAAAAGUAGACCUUCUUGGAGCAAGCAGAUGCAAUCUCUUGUCUCAUAUGCUAGCAACCUACCAGACCACUCUGCUUCAUUUUUGGGAGAAAACGUCUCAUACUAUGGCAGCCAUCCAUGAGAGCUUCAGAGGUUAUCAACCAUAUGAAUUCACUACCUUAAAGAGCUUACAAGAUCCAAUGAAAAAACUGGUCGAAAAUGAGGAAAGGAAGAUCUCCCAACAGGAGAGUGCUGAGGCCGCCACAGAGCCGAGUCAGCAGUUAAUUUCAUUAGCAGAUGAAAACCAGCACAAAGAAUCCUCUAAUUUUAAGACCGAAGAUGGAAAAAAUGUUUUAUCUGCCUUAGACAAAAGCUCUACACAAAAUGCUUGCUCAGAUGAACUAUUAGACAUGAAACCUGAGGAAGGUGCUUGCCUGGGCCCAGCAGCAGGGACCCUGGACCCCGAAGGUGCUGACAAAGACGACCUGCUGCUGCUGACUGAGAUCUUCAGUGCCUCCUCCCUGGAAGAGGGCGAGUUCAGCAAAGAGUGGGCUGCUGUGUUCGGAGACGGGCGGCUAAAGGAGCCAGCACUCGCUGCAGCCCCGGGAGAGGCAGACCCCAAGCUCCAGGCAGGCUCUGGAUUCCUCCCUUCACAGCUUUUAGACCAAAAUAUGAAAGACUUACAGGCCUCACUACAGGAGCCUGCCAAGGCUGCCUCGGACCUGACUGCCUGGUUCAGCCUCUUCGCUGACCUCGACCCAUUGUCAAAUCCUGACGCUGUUGGGAAAACCGAUAAAGAACAUGAAUUGCUCAACGCAUGAGUCUGCAGCCUGCAGGAGGGCGUCCACGUGCCGCGCCUGAGCAGUGCACCUGGGGCUUGCAGAUGUAUGAAGCGAUCAGUAUGCUGUUUUACUAUUUACGUGCCAUUUUAAUAAAAUAAAAGGGUCAAAGGCCCUGUU